CCGAUCCGCUGCUCGGCAUCGACGAUUCUGGGAGCGACUACCCGCCCUGACUUCCACCUGCCUCAGUAGCCGAUAGCUCAGCGGAUUCCGAGCGUUUAAAUCAUCCACCUUCUCCAUGGCAGAUCCAAGAAUACGCCAAAUUAAGAUUAAAACUGGUGUCGUUAAAAGGCUGGCGAAGGAGGAGACCAUGUACAUAUCCGAGGCCAAGCAGCUGGAGGAGAAGGUGGAGCAGCUCAAGGCAGAGGGAGGAGACGAAUAUCUCAUCAAGAAACAGAUCGAGGUUUUACGAGAAUCCCAAAUGAUGAUCCCGGACUGCCGCCGCCGACUCACUGGCGCUCACGCAGAGCUACUCCAGUUGCUAGAAACGGAAGAGGACGUGGCUGAUACGGAGGAGUACAAAGAAGCUAGGAAAGUUUUGGACUCUGUGAAGCUGGAAGGCUGAAUCCUCCCUCCUCUCUGGGAGACCUGCUCGCUGUUCAUUCCGAUCGUCACAGCCUUGUUGCGGUGUCAUGUCUGUCCCUCUUGCACUGUACUGAUCACCAUUUGUUUUUUUUAAAUCAAGUGAAACCGUUUUUCUCAACUCAAUAAAUACAGAGUCACGAUU